AAAGCGGUUUGAUUACAUUGUAAUUAAAGAUUUAACUAUAGAUUUUGUAGAUUUAUUAUUAUUUCUUAAAUAAAUCAUACGUCCCCCUCUACAAAUUGAUCACCAUACCUCCCAUGACAGAGUGUCCCCCAAACUGGCGAUCUCAAAUGUUUGAUUUGCUUUUAAUUUCAUUUCGAACUUUGAAUCCAUGGGAACUGGGCGGCGAUAGAUGAUCUCUCGACGGGGAACACCUUCGAUCUAAGUUUUCUACCACUUCUCUGUUAGAAAUCAAACGAUUAGGGCUGUUUUGUGGCACAGAGUCUUAUCAGGGCAACCCGAUAAAGUUGAGCCGUAGGAACAUACGUAUAUAGGAGUCCGCUGGGGGAUCGUCCAAUUGGCUCAAAGUGCGCACCGCCAGCGUUUAAAGUGCAGAACGGGCUAAUCAUUCAUUUAUAGGGAAACUUUAUGGACGACAUUUCGAUAAAAUAAAAUACUAGCGAAACUUGUUUUGUUUGAUUCCCCUCCAGGGCCAAUAACUACAGCCUGUAAUAAUAUACUACAUAAUUAAAGACGGCGUAAUCUUAUCGACGCUUGCUCGGAAUCCGUGGGCUCCGUUUGUCAGCGGAAGUCUUUGACGGCAGUUGGCGAACCAGCAGCAAUCCGGACGGAAGCGAAGCACCGACAUGCGAUCUAAAGAUCAAGAUCUUAUAUCCCUAAUGGACGCGGAACUGGACCGUUUUUCACUGGAUGAUCAGAGUAACUAUGGCGUUUGCCUAGAGGAUUUGCAAUUGUUUGCUCAGCUGGAGGAUCUCUCCGGAGAUAUCAAUCCGGGUUCGGAAUUCGAUCUGCUGGAACUAGUGAGUCCCAGGAUCUCUGAGCAAAAGCAGACUACACUGGUUAAUCACAAACCCAAGCGGGCACGACGAGCUGGAAGGGACCACACCUGCGACGUUUGCGAAAGACGCUUCUCGGAGGCCUACAACCUGCGCAUCCACAAGAUGACCCACACGGACGAGAAGCCGCAUGUGUGCGAGGAGUGCGGCAAGGCCUUCCGGCAGAUGAACAAGCUGCGCAUCCAUGCGGUGACCCACACGGCGGAGCGGCCGCACAAGUGCGAUAUUUGCGGGAAGGGAUUCCGGUACGCCAACUACCUGGCUGUCCAUCGACGGCUGCAUACGGGAGAGAAGCCUUAUGCCUGUCUGGUCAAGGACUGUCGUCUCUCCUUCCACUCCAUCCACGCCCGUCGCAUCCACACGAAGCUAAGGCACUCGGCGCAGACGGAGCAGGAAGAGCGAGAGACUUCCGCACUGAGUUUCACCUGCCCAGUUUGCAGCCGGGUGCUCACCGAUCAAUGCUAUUUGAGCGUCCACCUGAAGCGGCACUACAACCAGCGGGACUUCGCCUGUGCGCAGCCGCAGUGCGGCAAGCGAUUCUUCAGCGCCUCGGAGCUGAAGCACCACCAGAUCGCCCACUCCCAGCUGCGUCCCUUCGCCUGUCCCAUCUGUCCGGCGCGAUUCCUGCGCAAGUCCAAUCACAAACAGCACCUCAAGGUGCACGAGCGCUAAACUAUUGAUUUCAAGAACACUAGGGAUCACUAAGGAGAAAUUAACAUAAUUUAGCCAUUAAGGUAAAAUAAACAUUUAUUAAAAAGUAAA